AUGAUGUCUUUGCCAUUUUCUAAUCAGCCUCCCGCGGACCGGGUACCAUAUGCCAUCCCCCAGCUUGAGGGAGAGCGCAUCACCAUCCCCGGCAGCAAAGGAGUCUUCCGUAUCCUCACCUCUUCCAAGCAGACCAAUGGCUUGAUGGCCGUCUUCCAGAGCGGUGCGACUCUUUCGGAUGCCCCUGGUUUCCACUACCACAACAAGGCGCACGAUGUCUUCCUGGUCACGAAGGGCUAUUUGAAGCUGUGGAAUGGAGACAAGUGCCGGAUCAUGGGUCCAGGCGAUUUUGCCUAUGUGCCUCCGGGUAGGGAUUCGGAGCCCAGUGCGAUAUCUAUUUCGAUCUAA